AUGGGCUCGAACGUAGCUCAGAAACGUCUCUUUCACGAAUACAAAAACCUCUCUACCAACCCCCCCGAAGGCAUCACCGCCGGCCCGAUUUCCGAAGAUGACAUGUUCCACUGGGAAGCGUUAAUCCAGGGACCCGAGGGCACACCUUUCGAAGGCGGAAUCUUUGCGGCUGAGCUCAAAUUCCCCAAAGAUUAUCCGUUGAGUCCACCGACGAUGAAAUUCUUGGGAGGCGGGGUUUGGCAUCCGAAUGUGUAUCCGAAUGGUACCGUGUGUAUCUCGAUCCUUCAUCCCCCUGGCGACGAUCCCAAUCACUAUGAGCAUGCGUCGGAACGCUGGUCGCCGAUUCAGAGCGUGGAGAAGAUUCUGAUUUCGGUAAUGAGUAUGUUGGCGGAGCCGAACGAUGAGAGUCCUGCGAAUGUCGAAGCGGCAAAGAUGUGGCGUGAACGGAGAGGGGAAUAUGAAAACCGGGUUCGUGAGGAAGUCCGAAAGGGCUUGGGGCUGUAA